AUGGCAUCAAAUAGCAUGAAAACGACAGCACUCCGUACUUUACGUACAAAAUUGACAUCAGCAACCAAACCUACAUUCUCACCCAUCCUCGCCAAAAACCGCGGUAUCACAGGCACCACCAGAAAAUCAACCUCUCUCGAUUCAACCACCUCCAGUCAACCCAGGACACCUUUCUUACCUCGAGAUUUUGAUGGCAGUUUUCCAGUCUCGUUUUCUAAACCCAGACCCGCAACCACAUCAUCCUUCAACGCCCUUAUCAACUCCCUCACCACAUCUCUCACCACAACAUCCUCGCCUCAUCUUCCGACUCUCACUCGCCUCCUUCACUCUUAUGAUUCCUCCUCUUUAUCCGACUGGCAAAAGUAUGCCCACGCAAACCCAAAUAAACAAUACACAAGAAACCUAGUAGCAGAAGUGCCGGGAAUAUUUAAUUUAUUAAUGCUGGUUUGGACACCAGGGAAGGAAAGUAAAGUGCACGAUCAUGCUGCCAGUCAUUGUUUGAUGAAGAUCAUGAAGGGGGAGUUGAAAGAGACGAGGUGGGUUACUCCUGAGGGAGGUGCAAGGACGGCGGAGGAGAUGGAUGUCGAGGGUGUGAGAAAGUAUAGGAGGGGGAAGGUUGCGUAUAUGUGUGAUGAUCUGGGUCUUCAUUCCAUCGCCAAUCCUAGCGCAACAGAAUAUGCAAUUUCUUUGCACUUAUAUACACCGCCAAACGCCGCAAUGCACGGAUGCCACAUCUUCGAUCCAUUGACGGGUGUAAAGACUCAUGUAGCACCUGGUGCGUAUGAUUCUGUCGGUGGCGUCGUUAAUCCAAGUGCUUGA